GGUGUCGGAGAAGGAGGAGGAGGAGGAUGGUGGAGGAGGGGGGAUCUGCACUCAUCAUCAUCACCGCCGCCUGAGAGAGAGAAGAGCGAGCUCCGGGAGGACAGGACUAACCAUGGGCCACCCACCUCUGGAGUUCAGCGACUGCUACCUGGACAGUCCGGUCUUCAGAGAGAGCCUGAAGGGGUAUGAGCAGGAGCUGGAGAGGACCAACAAAUUCAUCAAAGACGUCAUCAAGGAUGGGAACGCUCUCAUCAGCGCCAUCAAGGGCUAUUCCAGCGCCAUCCAAAAGUUCGCCCAGACUUUGCAAAGUUUCCAGUUUGACUUCAUUGGGGACACCUUAACAGACGAUGAACUCAAUAUUGCUGAAUCCUUUAAAGAAUUUUCAGACCUAUUGCAGGAAGUGGAAGUAGAAAGGAUGAUGAUGCUUCAAAACGCCGACAACAUCCUCAUAAAACCCCUGGAGACUUUCCGCAAGGAUCAAAUUGGACUCACUAAGGAUCGGAAGAAGAAGUUUGACAGGGACAGCGAGCGGUAUUACUCAAUGCUGGAUAAACAUCUGAAUUUGUCAUCCAAGAAGAAGGAGGCCCAGCUCCAAGAGGCCGAUGUUGUGGUGGACAAAGAAAAGCAGAACUUCUAUGAAUCUUCACUGGAAUACGUCUAUCAGAUCCAGGAGGUGCAGGAGAGCAAGAAGUUUAGCAUUGUAGAGCCGGUCUUGGCCUUCUUGCAUUGUCUUUUCACUUCCAACAGCCUCACGUUUGAGUUGACGCAGGACUUCCAACCCUACAAGCAACAGCUGCAGCUGAGCCUUCAAAAUACACGCAACCACUUCAGUAGUACCCGAGAAGAAAUGGAAGAUUUGAAGAAGAGGAUGACUGAUGCUCCUAUAGUUUGCAAGCUGAAAGGCCAGAGCACAAUCGAAGGAUAUUUGUAUUCCCAAGAAAAAAGGAGGGAUAUUAUGUCACUCUGCACAGGGGCCCUCGGCCUUACGUGGGUGAAGUAUUACUGCAAGUACGAGAAGGAAGGGAAGAGUUUAAACUUAAUUCCUGUAGAGCAGAAGCCAGGAUCCCGACAGGUGAGCCAGGAGCUGACCCUCAAAACUUGCAUGAGACGGAAGACGGAUUCCAUUGAUAAGAGGUUUUGUUUUGAUGUAGAAACCAAUGAGAGACAAAGCACCAUCACUUUUCAGGCCUUUUCCGAGACUAAUCGCCGCCUGUGGAUUGAAGCGAUGGAUGGUAAAGAGCCGAUCUAUCACAGUCCAAUUACAAAGCGUGAUGAAAUGGAAUUGAACGAAGUUGGGUUCCGUUUUGUCCGAAAGUGCAUUAAUGCUGUAGAAUCUACAGGAAUGACCACAGAAGGCGUGUACAGGACAGUGGGAAGCAACAUCCAAGUGCAAAAGCUGCUGAAUGCGUUUUUCGAUGCCAAAUGUCCUGGGAAUAUAGACUUGCAGAGCAGCGACUGCGACAUCAAAACGGUUACUAGCGCUUUAAAGUUCUAUCUCAGGAAUCUCUCGGAGCCUGUUAUGACGUAUAAGCUGCAUCGGGAACUUGUGUCUGCUGCAAAGUCAGAAAAUUUGGAUUAUCGUCUUGGAGCCAUUCAUUGCCUGGUGUACAGCCUGCCAGACAAUCACCGAGAAAUGCUGGAGCUCAUCAUACGGCACCUCUCAAGAGUUUGUGAAUACAGCAAAGAGAACCUCAUGUCCCCCUCUAAUAUGGGCGUCAUUUUUGGACCAACUCUGAUGAGGGCGCAGGAAGAUACAGUUGCCGCAAUGAUGAACAUCAAAUUCCAAAAUAUUGUAGUGGAACUUCUCAUAGAGCACUGCGACAAGAUAUUCUGUGGCCCACCUGAAGACGGCGCAGCCCCCCCAAUACCUCCUCCCAGGAUCACCCCCAGAACCCACAAGCCCAUCACCAUCUCCAAACGUCCGGUCAGAGGGAGAAACGGUCUUUAUCUUGGCCAGAGUGAAGAAGAUGACAGCUCUUCUCAGAAUGGAAAUGGUGUGAUCGCAAACAGCGAGCACCCGCUCCCUCUGCAGCGCAAGAAGCUGGGCCCCCGGACGGACUCACAGAGCCCCUCGGAGCAGCAUUCUGACGUGGAUGUGGCCAAGAUGGUCUCCUUGAUGCAGGACAGAGGAGCCAAAACAAAUGCCAGCCAUGUCAAUGGAGACCUACCUUUGUACUCCAUACCCAACAAAGUAUCUCCUGUGUAUUCCAAUCGGCCUUUUGUCCGACCCAGAGAAGGUGACUGUGACAAUAUCAGUAAAGUGCGUUCUCCGGGAGAGAGGCCAGUGAUCUCCCGCCCACCCGUAAGGCCUCCGGACCCUCCCAGCAGAGCAGCCUUAACCCCCAAAGCGGACGCCGGCUCGGGUGGAAAGGAAGACCUCAAUGAAUCAGUAGUCGCCUCCCGUACCAAGUUUUUUGAGAAGGCUUCCAGACCAAGGGGAAGUCCCCCGUCACCUCCCCAACGGAUUUCAAAUUCAGAGGAAAGUUGAAUCUUUAAGGAUCCAACCGUUGUAUUCCUUGGCUGGUCCCGGGACACAUUCCAACCAUCUUGCCAAAGUGGUUUAUGCUGGCAGCUAAGAAAAGGAGCUUGUUCCAUGACGCACUCUGGUGAACAGGUUUCCUUAUGAGCCCUCUAUACAUUCACCACUGGUACAUUCUGAGAAAUGUUAUAACCGAUCUCUUGGAAGGACACAAGUGGAUGGGAAGUCUACAAACUCUGAAAACCCAUUGAGCCAUGCUUCUCACCUGCUUCUCGUCACUGGAAGGAAUGAACCAAACAUAGACUAGAAGAUGAAGUGAUAGAUAUGGGGUCAACGAUAUACGAGUAUGUUCCUCAUACCAAUCUGCUUGUCCGUCCCACUUAGACCUCUGACAAGCUCCAAUUAAGGACCUCUUGGCAGAUGCCACACCAAGGGGUCAAAUACUCCUAUAUUAUAAGUCCAUUGAUGUUUUUAAGUGAAUCGCAGAAUGAAUGUAGAACAGUAGAAUGAAUUCUGCACUGCAUUUCACUAUUUAUUAAUCCGUUAGUAGAAUAUUUACAUGAAUAUAAGAAAAUAAGUAUAUUUAAGUCUUUAAUGGAAGGCAGCAAAGUGCUGUCUCACCUUCGAAAAAGUGUUUCUUAAUCAUUGUGCAGUCCUGUACAGUAGCGUUGCACAAAUUAAAGCUAAAGCAAACUAUGAAUGUGCAUUCAGCCUUUCUCAACCAAGGUUUCCGUGGAAUCCCAUGGUUCCCCCAGGAGUUGCUUUUAAGCUGUCUGUAGGGGUGGCAUUCUUUCCAAUGGCCACCAUUGUAACAGGGUCCUUUUACUUAUUGGCCAUCAGUUUAAUUGGGGCCUUCCCUUGUCGAUUAUCUCAAUGACCACCAGUGUAAGACGGUUCGUCUUCCACUGAUCAUUAGCCUUAAGAAGGCCCUUCUCUACUGACCUCCAUUGUAAGAAGGUAAGUCCUUCUCACAAUUACCAACAAUGUAAGAGCAUACUGAUCUAUAGUCUUAAGAAGGCCCUUCUCUACUGACCACCAACGUAAGAAGGUAUAUCUUCUCUCGUUGACUCACAAUGACCACCAUUUUAAUGGGGUUUCUGAUCUAUAGUCUUAAGGCAGCUCUUCACAACUAACCACCAAUGUAAGAAGGUACGUCUUCCCUCAUUGACUCUCACAAUGACCACCAAUGUAAGAGGGUGCUGAUCUAUAGUCUUUACAAGGCCCUUCUCUACCGGGCAUUAAUGUGAGGGAGCCUUUCACUGGCCAGUUAUGUAUGGGGCCACUUACUGAACACUUUUACAUUCACCAUCACAGUAAGUAGACAUUUCACCACUGACCACCAAAAUGCUAAUUUCACUGCCUGCAGUUAUUUUCUGGCCAUUAUUAAUUUUGUUCCAUUACUUUACAGAAAAUAACUUUGUCUUAAAGAACAGUCCUGGGUUUCAAAUACGCCACAUUUCUUAUUCCUUUACUUAUUUUUAUAUUGCAACUCACUUUCACAUUAAUGUACUGUGAGCUAUAGUAGUCAUUAGCAGGGGGGGUUCCCUGUGACCUGAAAGUCGCAGUUCCUCCGUGUUAAAAACAAAACAAAAAAAAGUUGAGAAAGGCUGACCUAAAAAGUUUACAUACUAACAAAACAGAGAUCCCUGGAAUUAUACCAUGCCUCGUUGAUACUAAUGUACCAGGACCUCCAAAGCAUUCCUGGGGUAGUAGGACCUUUUUCUGCUUACUUCUCGUAUCUUAACCGUCUUUUUUUUUUUACAUUAAAAUAAGCGCUUGGUUUUCACAUAUUAUUGCUGGAACAAUGAUAUUCCACAACGAUGGAACAAAGUGAUACAACUGUACACUAACCCAACAUCGACACUACACAUAUAGAUGUACAUAGUUCUAAUAGGAUAGGGUGAGCACACAACCAGAUGUGCAAAGGUGAUGUGAAAAUGUACUGCCAUCGCUCAAGCUAGACAUAAAGAAAGUCUGCCUUCAGCCAAUUGGCUAAUUCAGCCAAUUCAAAAAAUGAUUGCUUCUCAGUUUUGGAUAGAGUGGAGUUGGGUUAGAACCCAUAUUAGGUUUUUACUGCUAUCUGGGGCCUCCAUUAGUUGAGAUUGAUCCUCGCUUUCUGUCCUGACAAUGUUUGCCAGAAAGGAAGUGAGAGGAACUCCUUGUCAGCCACACAGACAGAAAAGUUUGACACUAAACAAUAGACAGCCACGUCUGUUGGAGGAAUUCACCUCCAGUUAAUGAAAACAGCUACUGCAAAAAAAAAUACUGUUUGAAACGAGUAAGCAGGCUUAGUGGGUUGUGCAUGGGCCUGACUUAUUUUAAGCUGCCUAACGUAAUACCUUAAAUCCCAACUCCAGGCAAAAAAUUGUUUUCCUAAGCAGUGUGUCUGUGCCUGCAAUGUACGGGUCAACUGCUCGUUUUUGUCUAGCGGAUUGGAGAAAGCUUAUGCUCACCCGAUCCUCCACUCCACCUGCAAGUGUUGCUCCCCCAAGAUCAAGCUGUGGACUGUUGCUCACGUCCAGAGCAGGUCUAUGGGCAUGAUUAUGUCCGAAACACAGGGAAGCAGAAGCCACAGGAACCGAUCUUGUGCGAGGAUAAUGGGAGAAUUAGAACUAUAUGGCCAUUCUCCAAUUCCCUAGACCAGUGGUCUCCAAACUGUGGCUAGAUGUAAAUAGAACAAAUCAGCGCAAUAUGAUGAAAGACCCUAAUAACAGCUGCUGGACACCAGGGUCAAAUUUCAAAUCCCUCGAAUAAAUAUAAAACAGAUGGUGCAGCACUUUAAGAAACAGUCCAUAUAAUGAAUCGGACACCAUCAGUGGUUUAUUUAAUAUAAUGUUGAAACAUGCAGAAAUUCUGUGACCAGUGUAGAACCUCCACCAACCAGUAAUAGAUGGCCGCUCACCUCCCUGUUAUGACCCCCCAAAGGAAAGGUCAAAAACAGCUUCCCCUUAUGCGUGUAAUGAAUCCAGAUCCUGAUGCUGGAACGGCAGUCUCUCAAACGAUGGAGUGAUCCCAAUUUGGCAAAUGUCAUGUAACAAUAAAGAAGAUGCCCAUAGUGCUCUCCGCAAUAAAAACUUUUAAUAAAAAUAAGUAGUAAAACUUACAAACAAAGCACUAUCCCAGUGCUGGUGAAAUCGGCAUGUAAACAAAUGAGUGAUGAUCGAGGGUGACAUCACUGCUCUUGUCAUGUGGCUAGAUGUGCCCUUUUCUCGCCUUUAUCCAGCUCUUGAGGCACAUUUCUUCCCACUAAUACGAGGCAGUAUUCCUCAGACUAACACCAUCAGUGGGAAAAAAGUCCUACCACUGACACCGAUAAUGGGUCAUUAUUCCUUCCACUGAUACCAAUGGAUGUGGCAUUGUUUACACCCAUUGACAUUGGGUCAUUUUCUACUCACACUAGCCCUAGUUUGACCCCCUCUGAAAGUCUGAAGGACAUUAAACUGGUUCUUUGUUUAGAAAGUUUGGAGACCCCUGUUAUAAAGUACAGUGUUUUUUUUUUUUAAAAAAAACAUUCUUAAUGAUGCCAAAGGUUAAAGCCAACCUCUAGAUAAACCUAAAAAAAUGCCCAUAUUAUUACUGUGGCCCACUACUCUUAAAAUUCAAUACAGUGUAAAAAAUUAAAGGCCAAGUUCACCUUUUCCAGAAAAUAGCCUAUGCAGUCAAGGCACUGGAAGCUCUGUUGUGUUGCUCGGACGCAAAAGAAAGAUUUAGCUUUCUCCCACGUAAAUGAGCAUUCAAUGGGUGUCAUGUCCUAGCAACAAGGCAGGACAUGGAGAUCAUAGACUGAGAUCAGCCAUUUUGGACUUACUGAGCCGUUUUUCUAAACCUCCAUUUUAAACUAGUGCAAUUUUUUGUCUGAGAGUUUUGGGGUCACGAUGAUUUUACAAGGAUUCUUUGAGGGAACAUUUUGGCAGCAAAUGUUUAACUGGCUCACUCUUCCAGCGCGGUUGAUGUUUUUCCGAAAUUUGAUGCAUUACAGUAGAACAGAAGAAAAAAUAUUGAGUUGGUCGAUGAUUACCUCCAUCCUGUUUAUAAGUUCAUCUCCUCAAUGAGCCAUAAGUGAUAGAGGAACUCUGUUCAACUUGGCCUUCUCUGUGUUUAGCUAAAUUGUUCACAGAUACAUUAUUAUUUCAGUAAUGCAACCCGUUGGAGGUGUAACAUAUGGCCCUUGUGACUGGAUUUUUAGAGCCAAAAAAAGUCAGCCCUAGCUAGGUAAUGUAAAAAACAUGUAGGCCACGGUUUAUAACAAUCAUAGCUUUUGUGAUCCUUUUUUCAAUAAUUGGCUUUAUUAUGAACAUUGUGCAUUUCUUUUACAGCUGUUUGAAAAAGAGUUUACAUAUUAGCCGAUAUUUCAAUGCAGUACUGUUAGAAUGUAUUCGCCGUCGCUUUCUGUGUGAACACGUUCUUUUUCUUGACCCAUGCAGGCCAAAACGUUACCAAUUUUCCAUUCAUGGGACAUUCAAGAAACUAUCUUGUGUAUAUGUUUAUAUCUACGAGGGCUGUACCAAAAGUGAUGCAAAAAUGGGUGUAACUUUAUUUUUUAUGAACUUACAUAGGUCGAGUAACUCUUCAUCUGUAGCAACUCUUGUUGUUUUUCAUUGCUGGUAAAUUAUGGAAUCCAAGCAGAAGCAAUGUCUCGCCAUGAAGUUAUUGAAGAAAAAGGGGUGCAGGUUGUCCGAUAUCCACAGUAGACAGAAUAUUUAUGGAGAUGACACCAUUGACCAGAGCAAAAUUCUUGUCAUUUGUGACUCUUGCCAGUAAUGUAAUCUCCGUAAAAAUAUUGUGUAGCCUUCUGUGGAGAUCAGACAGCUUGCACCUCUCCUUCAUCAAGAAGUCAAUGAUGUUGCUUCGGCUUGGAAUCCAUAACUCACCUGCAA